AAAAUAACAUUUUGGGUAAAAAACAAAAAACGGAUUUUAAUAUCCUUGUCAGUGGAGGAGCUCCAGGAAUAGAUAACUGGACUCUACCUACUUUGUCAACAAAAAAUAUUCAACCUCAUUUUCAAUAUAUUUGCUUAGAUUUUGGGUAUGGAUGUCCACUUAAUAAUACUGAUUAUGGACUUUCUCCAUCAGUGAUUAUUGGCAUACGAAUUGCUUAUAUAUUCUUCAUCUAUGAAAAAUAUAAAAUGUCAUUUAUUGAAUUUCAGUCAAAGAUCAUGCCAUACAUCAAAUGCUUCAACAUUGGUGCUGUGUUUCAGAGCAUUGCUGAACAUUUAGAAUUGAAAGAGAAUCAGGAACUUUUUGUUUUUCUUCAUAUUGAUGAAUUUCAAUUGAUUGAUAAAUGGGAGAAAAAAGAUAUGACAACUUUUAAUAAAGAUUUCUUUAAAGAUAUGGUCAAUGAACUUGCAAUAUUUAUGAUGAAUAGACUAGAAGCAUUU